AAUUUUGGAUGUCCAGGGCUGUGGUGGCCAGAGAAAGAGGCAACUUUCCCCAGCUCCAGGGCUACGGCUGCUGGGGAUAGAAGGCCCUUCUUCCCAGCCCCAGCUCUGUGAUUGGUGUGGUGGGGCAGAGAACCCCCUCAUUCCCAGCCCCAGCUCAGGGGCUGCUGCGGCGGGGGAGAGAGGGCACAUCCAUCGCAUUAGAGAGGGAAUAUCUGAGCAGGUGAAUAUCUAAUGUACCCCCCAAAAUAGUUGGACAACUUUAACAAACACAUGUGAAACAGAAUGACAACAAGGAACAGUGCUCAUCGUGAUGAACAGAAGUGAUGGGCAUUCUCAGAGCUCUGACUGGUCUGGGAUCCUCGAUAAUGCCAGUAUUUGUGGGAGAAAGGCACAAGAUCACAAUGGAUAUUACCAGGGGAAACUUGGAUGAAAUUUCAAGGCCUGCAUCUAGCUCAAGAGCGCAUCCUGUAAGCAGAGCUCUAAGUGCAUCUUUGGAGGUUCUAACACCAGAGCCAUGCUUGUCAAAGGUUUCUAUACCAGCUGAUCGUAAAGAAGACAAUUCACCAAACAGCAGUGUAGAGGAAGACAAAGAUGAUGAUAGCGAGAAGCAUGAAAUCAAGAAAAUGAGAAAACAGACUUCUGAGGGGGAAAUUAACUGCAUUUUUCAGCAGCAGAUACAAAAUGCUAAUGAGUGUCCAGGUUUUCAUACUAUAGCGAUGGAUGUGGUGUCUGAGUGCCUGAUACACCUUUCUGGGUUUUGUCAACACAAGUCUGCAGAACCCAGUGGUGCAAAUUCUACCAAUCUAGAUAAUACUGAAGAGAAAGAUAUAGAUCCCCGGAUUCAAGAAGCGAUAAAGAAGAUGAAUAAAUUGGACAAGAUACUGGCAAAGAAACAAUCUAGAGAAAGAGAAAUUAAAAAACAAGGCAGAGAAGUGAGGGCAAAACUUUGGGAAGAACUUCAGUCUGUAACCUCACUAAGUGCUUCAGGAACUCAAGAGGAGAUAGAAAAUACAAACAAAUUUUUAGCUUUGACCUCCUCAUUGCAGGAGACUGUUGAUCCUUCCCAUUCUGAAGAAGAUGAAAUAUUUAUUUCAGUAUUUCACACACAAAUUAAUUCAGAAGAUUAUGACCGCAAUGAAAAGAAAGCUGUACAGGACCAUCUAAAUGAAAUCGAAACAAGUGGCUCACUGAAAGUAACAGGAAAAACACACCAUAAAAGUGACACCAGAAGUAAAAAUAGUCAAGAUUUUAUUAAAAAGAAUAUCGAGCUGGCAAAGGAUUCAGGGAGCCAACUGGUUAUGCUAGCAGAAGAGAAGAAAAGAUUGGUUGAGCUGUUGAAAGAUAUAGAAGACAAUGGCAAUGAACUUCAAGGCAUUGAGGAAGAUGUAUCUGGUUGGCUAAUACCAGGAGAAGGGUACACACCUGAACCAAUGGAAUAUCAUCACCUAAAUGAAAUAGAUGCUAAACUCCAAGUAGUACUCUCUAAUGGAGAUUUCUCUGCAAGUCACAGCUCCUGCUCAAAAGUCCCAAGCCAAAUUUAUCAGGAAUCUCUGGCUUAUGCAAAUAGAAGUUUGGAAGCAGUUCCAGGUGAGAAGGCCCUGCGAGAGACACAUGAGCAACGUGAGCAACAAAACCGACUUAAAGAGAUUAAUCAACAGCUGAAAAAUCUGGAGGGAAAUCUUCCUGAAGAACUACCUCGUCUCUCUGAAGGGCAGCUUGUGACUCUUCUGGAAGAAUGUAUGCAGUUCUCAAGAACAAUAAGCAAUGUUCCAGUGCCAGAACUACAGGAAUCUCUUUCUGAUGGAAUGAGUCCCUCUUGUUACACAACUCAAGACUCCACCCUGCUCUCCAGGUCUACUCUAUCCAAACUGUUAGAUGAAGGCCAUAGUGUGGGGAUGUUAACAGCUCAGGAAAGGGCUGGUAUCGAAGAUAAAAGUAUAUGUGAAAGUGCAGAGGGUGAAACCUCUGGCUACUAUCUCAGUAAAGCUUUGGCCAUUAGUCAUUUAUCAAACGAUUCUGUGGCCCAAAUAGAAGAACCUGAUGACCUAGAAAGUUCACAGGAGAUGGAGAAUAAGAAUAAUACUGAAGGUUACUUUAUGUCAAGAGCACUCAGCGCAGAAAGAUUGAAAAAACCCUCUUUCUUGGAUGAACUAUUUUAUUGCAUCAGCAUGAACAAUGAGCUAUCCACAGAGGCUGACAUUCCCAGCAUACCAUUGCAAACCAGAGGAGAUGAUCUGAAGAUUGAAGAUGUGGCACCAGAGUAAUAUACAUACUCCAACUUACAGUCAUUUUUAUAAAACAUUGGUAAACUACA